UGGAUAAAGAAACAUGGCCGCUUUUUAAACGGUAAUCAAUGGAGCUUUACUGCACCUUAUUAAACAACUUAAGACGAACUUAAUGAAAGGAAUGAUAUGGUUAACCAUAAACGUUAUCAGUCGAUGUAUGAGCGUCAUUGCCGAAGUCUUGGUUGAUCGAUUGGUUGAACACAAUCCUACGUAUCUUGUAAACUAAUCAUUACGAAGUGAAGACAGAAGAAUUUUGUUCGUGUGCCGGGGAGCUAGACCACAACUAAAACAGGCUUCGCUAUUUUUAUGUUUUGUUUAUGCAACGAUUUUGAGGCAGAUCACCAGUUCAAAUUUGGGACUGUUGUUGAUGGAAAUAGCUCUGCAAAAGAAAUUUUAACAUUAGAUAAGGUUGUUUUCAUCCUAAGAAGUCAACAUGAUUCCUAUCAUAAACAUAAAGCAAAUAUUUUUACAAAGAAACUCAAAGAACAGAUUACUGCAAGAAGUAUUAAGGGUCAACUCACAUUAAUAAGCCUUAAUGAGGAUUGGGCCCCUUAUGGUGCGUGGACAAUAUUCCCCAUAAUUAACAUCUUAGCUAAAGAACAUGCAAACUCAAAAUCCUGGUUCUUUUUCUGUGAAGAUGAAACCAUUCUUGAUUUGAAUGGAGUUUUAGAAGUACUGAGUAAUUAUGAUCACAGCGAGGAGUUUUUCUUGGGUCAUGCAUUACAAGAUCCACAGCCAGCCAUAAUACACCAUUUUGCAUUUCAUGAAGAUACCUCAAAAUUUUCAUUUCCUGAUUUUUCUGCUGGAUGGGCCAUUAGUUCAGUUCUGAUGAGGAGGUUGGCGAAACAGCUGAAUGACAAUCCAGCUAAAAUGGACUUCAGUAUCGAUGUGCAACAUGAGAUUGCAAUGUUUAUUCAUGACAAAGGAAAGGGUGCAGAGCUCACUGAUGUCCGUGAGUUCUGUACCUCGUCACCUGGUGACAAUGAUGACUGUGUGACAUCAUUCUAUGAUUCCUCAGCUUCAUGUGGAGAAGUUGACUUGAAUGACUUGUUCUUUGCUGUGAAAACAACAAAGAAGUUUCAUAAAGACAGAGUUCCAAUAAUCAAGAACACGAUUGGCCAGCACACAUCACGUGUUGUGUACUACAGUGAAACUAUCGACCCAAGUAUUCCCACUGAGGACACAGGUGUACCAAACACAGAAUCAGGACAUUGCUCCAAACUCUGGUCCAUCAUGCGUAAGAGCAAAGUAAACAAAAAAGGAAAUGGGACAAAAUGGCUGGUAGUUGUGGAUGAUGAUACUAUAAUGAGCGUGCCCCGGCUUAGACGACUUCUGGCUUGCUAUGAUCCCAAAGAGAGGACAUUAUUGGGUGAGAGAUAUGGUUAUGGUUGUAAUAUUGGCCAUGGUUAUGAAUAUAUCACUGGUGGAGGAGGCAUGGUCUUGAGUAAUGUUGCAGUUGAUGCAAUAUUAAAUUCAGAUUGUGGUUGCUAUGCUCACGAUGCUCCAGACGACAUGGUCUUGGGUCAGUGUUUUAGAAUGCUGGGAUUACAUACCGUGCAUACUCCAGAAUUCCACCAGGCGCGUCCUGUCGAGUACUCUCCAAAGUUGCUUGUACAUCAAAUCCCUGUAUCAUUUCACAAGCAUUUCGAUAUUGAUCCAAUGAAAGUGUACGAGGAUUAUCUCAGCUAACCCGAGCUAAAAAGUAAAGAUUUUUUUGGUACAUCAGGUAUUUAUGUGCACUGAUAGAAAGUGCAGAAAAUGACAAUCAUUCAAAUGGCUGAUGAAAUCAUCGCCUUUCAAUGAGUAAAUUAGUAAUGACUUGAAGAACUAGAUUUUUUGUCAGGAAUAUGGAACAAUGCAAAGUCAAGUCAAA